AGCCGUUCUGGCUCAAGCCGUUUCGAUUCCAUCUCUCGGAUUGCCAAGCCCGCUGCGGUCCUGGGGUUGGGGCCGCGAACAUCGAGCGGCCGCGAGCCACGGCAGACGACGACGAGCCCACGUUCGACACGGUUGAGUCGGGGUCCUCGCACACGUACCCGCAGCAGUGCGGAGAGCUUCGCAGGGGCUCGAUGGGGAUGAUCAAGGGCAAAGCCUGCAAGGUGGCAGAGAUCUCCACGUCGAAGACGGGCAAGCACGGGCACGCGAAGGCCCACAUCGUGGCGCUGGACAGCUUCACGGGGAAGAAGUGCGAGGACUUGUGCCCCACGUCGCACAACAUGGAGAUUCCUUUCACGAAGCGCACGGAGUACCAGCUGCUUUCAGCCGACGAAUCUACAGGCGAAGUCAGUCUGCUUCUGGAGUCUGGCGAGACGAAGGACGACCUGAACCUACCCACCUUCGUGAAGACGGGCGAGCCAACCGAUGAAGACAAGAAGGUGGUCGAGGACAUCUUGAAGAUGCAGGAGCCGUUCUGGCUCAAGCCGUUUCGAUUCCAUCUCUCAGAUUGCCAAGCCCGCUGCCGCGGUCCUGGGGCCGGGGCUGCGGCCGUCGAGCGGCCGAUCAGCUUGCAAGAGGCCGGGGCCCCACAGUGGCCCACGAGGCGUGGCCCUGGUGCGUGCCGCCGAGGAGGCCUCCCCCAGGCGUGCGGAGAGGCUCCCGUGAGCGCCGGUGCGAGGCUCGGCGGGCCGGCCCCGCACACGCUGGGAACGAAGAAUGACAUAAGCAGAAACCUCGGAGGUCCGCGCGGGUUUCUAGGAUCGGCGCUGGACCCCCCCUCUGCGCUCCGCGUCGCAUGCCCUCCUGGUGAUCGUCGCAGGGCAUCCCCCCCUGCGCUCCGCGUCGCAGGGCGGCCCGCCUCUGGUGAUCGUCGCAGGGCUGGCGAAGUCCGCUUGUCAGGCGAUUCGACCAGCCGGAGGAGUGCGCGACGUCAGCGGACCCCUGGGUCCAGGCUCAGGUCGGACAUGUCCCCUUGCAGGCGGACUUUGGACCAAACAUCGAAAGUACCAACAUGUUUCGAGCACAGUGAAA